CCCGGGUUUCCUGUCCGCGGAGUGAGUGACAGCCUAGGAGGGGGGGGGGAGAGACUUUUUCUUUUUUCCCCUUCUCUGUGUUGCCCCGUUGGACUUGAAGGGGGCUUUACGUGACGACCGAAAGAGUGGGCAACACUUCUGAACGGAGGCGCAGCGGUGCAGGACAGUUCAGAAACGCAGCGCGGAGAGGAACAGUGCGGGAGAGACGGCGCCCAUCCGUCAACUAGCUGGAUGAACGCACACCAACAAACCCUUAUGGCUGCUUGAGAAAUAACGAUACACCCCCCCUCCCCCUUUUUUCUCUCUUUCUCUGGGACUUUUGGCUUUUUUUAGUUUUGUCCUGACCAGAAGCUGUUGCAAGUGUAAUUAUUUGCUCCAAGUUGAAAAGAAAAGGUGAAUCCACUUGCCGUGGACGUCUCUGGCGGUCAUGGAUACCCAUAUAAGGUGGAAAGUUAAACGGAGGAUAAGGGACGCCCAAAUCACUUUAGCGGUGAUUCUGCUUUUUGUCACAUCGCAAGCAAGUUCAGUGGAACCAGCAGACCUCUUGAAGAUUUUAGAUUUUCACAGUUCACCUGAGGGUGUUAAAAAAACGACGGGUUUCUGCUCACAUCGGAGGUCAACACAAGGACCCGAUGUGGCUUACAGAGUAUCCAAAGACGCCCAACUCAGCGCCCCCACCAAACAGCUGUAUCCAGGUGAUGUGUUCCCGGAGGACUUUUCCAUCUUGGCCACAGUGAAGCCUAAGAAGGGCAGCCAGUCCUUCCUGUUGUCUGUGUACAACGAGCAGGGCAUCCAGCAGCUCGGACUGGAAGUGGGCCGCUCGCCGGUGUUCCUGUACGAGGACCAAACAGGCAAACCCAGCCCUGAGGACUACCCCCUCUUCAGAGGAGUCAACCUAGCUGACGGAAAAUGGCAUCGAGUGGCCAUCAGUGUGCACCAGCAGACCAUCACCCUCAUUCUGGACUGUAAAAAGAAGGCCACCCAGAAGCUGCUCCGAAGCCCUCACCCCAUCAUCGAUACGAAGGGAAUUGUAGUAUUUGGAACUAGAAUACUUGAUGAAGAAGUCUUUGAGGGAGAUAUCCAGCAGCUAAUGAUUGUAGCAGACCAUCGUGCUGCCUAUGACUACUGUGAGCACUACAGCCCCGAUUGUGAAGUGCCUGUGCCCGACCAGCCUCAGAACCAGGACCCCAACACGGAUGAAUAUAACACAGAUGACAGCUACUAUUAUGAAUACCCUUACUAUGAGGAUGUGGAUGGCAAGCCUUUGGAAGCAAAAUCUGAUACUGAGACAGCCACAGAAGAAGUCAAGGGGACAGAUGGAGACCGAGUGGACACCACAGUGGAGGAUGUUUUGAAGGGUUCUGGUGCCAUCGGCGGCAAAAUAUUGACCAGCUCAUCCUCUGGCUCAUCCUCUGGCACAUCCUCCAGCUCAUCCAGCAGCUCCUCGGCGAGCUCUUCAGGUACCGCCACUGGUGGAGGAGACGCCUACAGAGGGGAGACCAGUCCUUACGACGGCUAUGAUGGCUACGGUAACUACGACGGCUACUACGAAGAGUCCACGGCGUCACCCGACGGGGACACCUCUCGACGUGUCGCCAUCACCAGCACCGACAUUGGCGCCGGGGGCGAGCUGGAUCUGGGUGCAGGCGGAAAGAUUGACUCGGGCACAGGGACUGGAAUCGAGAGAAAGGUCAUCACCAGUGGAGGAGGAUCUUCGAUAACCAUCACCGCCAAUAACACAUCAGGAGGAAGUUCCUACGAUGACUACGGCAAUGAAUACGAUUAUGACUUGGAGGGCAAAUCUACCACUGGUUUGGGCGGUGGCAGCAGCAGCAGUACAGUCAACGUCGGAGGCGGCGGCAGCAGCAGUUCAGUUCAUGCCAGUGGUGGAGGCGGCAGCAGCAGCAGCAGUUCAGUUCAUGUCAGUGGUGGAGGCGACGGCAGCAGUACAGUCCACCUUGGAGGUGGAGGCGACGGCAGCAGUACAGUCCACCUUGGAGGUGGAGGCGACGGCAGCAGUACAGUCGACCUUGGAGGUGGAGGCGGCAGCAGCAGUUCAGGUCACGUCAGUGGUGGAGGAGGCAGCAGCAGUACAGUCCACCUUGGAGGUGGAGGUAGCAGCAGCAGUUCUACCACCGCCAUCGGGGGCAGCUCUGCCGGAGGUGGCUCUGUGUCCGUAGGAGGAUCUUCCACCACUAGAGGGGGAUCGGCCAGCGCCGGCACCGGAGCAGGGGGAUCCAUCGCCACCGGAACGGGCCUGGGCGUGGAAGGCGAGGGCGACGACUUGGAUAUGGAGCAUGGGUUCAAGGAGGAGCCCCUCACUGACUAUGACGGACUAGAUGUCUAUGGGGACUAUGGGGACCUGGACCUGGAAUACGAAGACAAAAAGCUGCCUGCUAAGACCGAUCAGUAUUUUGAUCAGGUCGACGGAGCUCGUGGCGAAAAGGGACAGAAGGGAGAGCCUGCUGUUAUUGAGCCUGGAAUGUUAGUGGAGGGUCCGCCUGGGCCUGAAGGGCCAACAGGUCUCCCCGGACCCCCAGGUUCUUCUGGCCCACCAGGCAGCUCUGGAGAUUCUGGAGAGAGGGGUCCUCCGGGUCGUUCUGGUCUUCCUGGUGCCGAUGGUCUGCCAGGAAGCCCUGGAACUGUGCUGAUGCUGCCUUUCAGAUUCAGCGCUGGAGGCGACUCUGGCCAGAAGGGACCUGCUGUGUCAGCACAGGAGUCCCAGAUGCAAGCCAUCAUGCAGCAGGCUAGGCUGGCUAUGCGCGGAUCUACAGGUCCAAUGGGUUUGACUGGCAGAUCCGGCCCUCUGGGUCCUCCUGGUGGAUCAGGACUGAAGGGAGAGUCUGGAGAUCCAGGCCCUCAGGGACCACGUGGACCUUUGGGUACCUUUGGACCCACCGGAAAGCCUGGCAGAAGGGGUCGUUCUGGAGCCGACGGUGCCAGGGGCAUGCCGGGACAGUCUGGAACCAAGGGAGACAGAGGGUUUGAUGGACUGUCCGGACUUCCCGGUGAGAAAGGACACAGAGGUGAAUCUGGCCCGUCUGGACCUCCUGGUGGUCCUGGAGAGGAUGGAGAAAGGGGAGAUGAUGGAGAGAUCGGGCCCCGGGGACUUCCUGGUGAACCAGGGCCCCGUGGUUUGCUGGGUCCAAAAGGACCUCAGGGACCUUCAGGACCCCCUGGCGUUACUGGAACGGAUGGCCACUCUGGACCCAAAGGAAACAUAGGACCUCAAGGAGAGCCAGGACCUCCUGGACAGCAAGGCAACCCAGGUACCCAGGGACUCGCAGGGCCCCAAGGAGCCAUCGGACCGCCAGGAGAUAAGGGUCCUACAGGGAAGCCAGGCUUGCCGGGAGUGCCAGGAGCUGAUGGUCCACCGGGUCACCCUGGAAAGGAGGGGCCUUCUGGAGAGAAAGGACACCUGGGCCCUGCUGGCCCUCAAGGACCCAUUGGUUAUCCUGGGCCCCGAGGCGUGAAGGGAGCGGACGGUGUUCGCGGUCUUAAAGGACAUAAGGGUGGAAAGGGAGAAGAUGGCUUCCUCGGCUUCAAGGGAGAUAUGGGAAUCAAAGGCGACAGGGGAGAGCUUGGACCAGGAGGACCCAGAGGAGAGGAUGGUCCCGAGGGACCGAAAGGUCGCUCAGGUCUCCCAGGAGAUGCCGGUCCUCUCGGAACGAGUGGUGACAAGGGUAAACUUGGAGUCCCCGGAUUGCCAGGAUACCCAGGAAGACAAGGACCAAAGGGAUCUCAAGGUUUCCAAGGUUUCCCAGGCGCCAAUGGAGAGAAAGGAACUCGGGGAACAGCGGGAAAGUCUGGCCCACGCGGACAGAGAGGACCAACGGGGCCUCGAGGAGAGAGAGGACCAAGAGGACCAACAGGAAAAGCCGGACCAAAGGGUAACUCAGGAAAUGAUGGCCCACCAGGACCUCUCGGGGAGAGGGGUCUUCCAGGACCUCAGGGACCAACAGGUUUCCCAGGACCAAAGGGACCUCCUGGACCUUCAGGGAAAGACGGACUGCCCGGACAUCCUGGACAGAGAGGAGAGACUGGAUUCCAAGGCAAGACUGGCCCUCCUGGCCCUCCCGGCGUGGUUGGACCUCAGGGACCAACAGGCGAGACUGGACCAAUGGGAGAUCGAGGUCAUCCCGGACCCCCAGGCCCACCUGGUGAGCAGGGUCUACCGGGAGCUGCAGGGAAAGAAGGAGCCAAGGGUGACUUCGGUCCUGCCGGCCCAGCAGGUAAAGAUGGCCCUCCAGGCCCAAGAGGAUUCCCGGGAGAGAGAGGUCUGCCUGGCCCUGUGGGAGCUCACGGCUUGAAAGGGAGUGAAGGACCUCAUGGACCACCUGGCCCUGCUGGUUCUCCUGGCGAGCGUGGUCCUGCUGGCUCAGCCGGACCUACUGGUCUCCCUGGACGUUCUGGCCCCCAGGGACCUCCAGGCCCUUCCGGAGAGAAAGGUGGACCGGGAGAGAAAGGACCUCAAGGCCCAGCUGGAAGAGACGGUAUUCAGGGACCUGUGGGUCUGCCAGGACCUGGAGGACCUCCUGGACCAUCUGGGGAGGACGGAGACAAGGGAGAGCUUGGAGAGCCAGGCCAGAAAGGAGGCAAGGGUGAUAAAGGAGAGCAUGGUCCACCUGGUCCCACCGGCCCCCAAGGGCCCGUUGGAGCACCCGGUCCUGCUGGUGCAGAUGGCGAGCCCGGUCCCAGAGGUCAGCAGGGUCUGUUCGGCCAGAAGGGAGAUGAAGGGUCAAGAGGAUUCCCCGGACCUCCAGGUCCAGUCGGGCUGCAGGGCUUGCCUGGUCCACCUGGUGAGAAAGGUGAAACUGGAGACGUUGGUCAAAUGGGUCCACCCGGCCCCCCUGGUCCCAGAGGCCCCUCAGGGCCCCCAGGAGCUGAUGGCCCUCAGGGACCUCCUGGCGGUAUUGGAAACCCUGGUUCUGUUGGAGAAAAGGGAGAUGCUGGUGAAACAGGAGAGCCAGGUCUUCAGGGAGAACUUGGCCCAGCAGGUCCUAGAGGAGAGCGAGGAGAAAAGGGAGAGUCCGGUCCGGCUGGUACAGCUGGACCUCCUGGCCCUAAGGGUCCCCCUGGAGAUGAUGGUCCCAAAGGCAGCCCAGGUCCAAGUGGUUUCCCCGGUGACCCUGGCCCCCCUGGAGAGACCGGUCCAGCUGGGUUAGAUGGUCCCGCUGGUGACAAAGGAGAUGAUGGAGAGGCUGGUCAAUCUGGUUCUCCUGGACCCACCGGAGAGUCGGGUCCCUCCGGACCACCAGGAAAGAGAGGGCCCCCUGGACUCACAGGACCUGAGGGGAGACUAGGAGAGAAAGGAGGCAAGGGAGAGUCUGGCAUGGAAGGUCCCCAAGGAAAGACAGGUCCCGUUGGUCCUCAAGGAUCACCUGGCAAGCCCGGUUCUGAAGGCCUCAGGGGUAUCCCUGGCCCUGUUGGAGAGCAAGGUUUCCCUGGUUCUCCAGGCCCAGAUGGACCUCCUGGACCUAUGGGUCCUCCUGGUCUACCUGGCUUGAAAGGAAACUCUGGUGUCAAAGGAGAAAAGGGCCAUCCGGGUCUUAUUGGUCUUAUCGGACCUCCAGGUGAACAGGGAGAGAAGGGUGACAGAGGUCUUCCUGGUCCACCAGGAUCACAUGGUUCCAAAGGAGACAAUGGUAUUUCAGGUCCCUCAGGGCCACUUGGUCCCCUUGGUCCUCCCGGAUUACCUGGUCCUUCCGGUCCCAAAGGUUCUAAAGGGUCAUCGGGUCAAACCGGACCAAAGGGAGAGAGCGGUACAUCUGGACCUCCCGGCCCUCCUGGCCCUCCCGGCGAUGUCAUCCACCCACUCCCCAUCAUGUCUAACAUGAAGGGCAGAACUCGCAGAAGCAUCGAUGCCAGCGAGAUGUCGGACGACGCCGCCGUGGAUGCCAACUACAAGGACUACGACGACGGCAUGGAGGAAAUCUUUGGCUCGCUCAACUCCCUGAAGCUGGAGAUCGAGCAGAUGAAGCACCCGCUGGGCACACAGAGCAACCCCGCUCGUACCUGCAAAGACCUGCAGCUCUGCCACCCUGAUUUCCCAGAUGGUGACUACUGGAUUGAUCCAAACCAGGGCUGCUCUCGGGACUCCUUCAAGGUUUACUGCAACUUCACAGCAGGUGGAGAGAGCUGCAUCUUCCCAGAUAAGAAGUCUGAAGGGGCUAGGCUCACAUCCUGGGCAAAGGAGAAUCCCGGCUCAUGGUUCAGUGAAUUCAAACGUGGUAAACUGAGCAAAAUGGCAAAAUGGCCCAAAGACUCGCCAGGCACAUGGUAUAGUCACUACAAGAGAGGUUCCAUGCUCUCCUACGUGGAUGCGGAGGGCAACCCCAUCAGCGUGGUCCAGAUGACUUUCAUGCGGCUGCUGAGCGCGGCAGCCAGACAGAACAUGACGUACAACUGCUACCAGUCGGUGGCCUGGCACGACCAGGAUCAAGACAACUACGACAAGGCCAUCCGCUUCCUGGGCUCCAACGACGAGGAGAUGUCUUACGAUAACAACCCCUACAUCCGCGCGGUGGCCGAUGGCUGUGCGUUGAAAAAGGGUUAUGAAAAGACAGUACUUGAGAUCAACACACCAAAGGUGGAGCAGGUGCCAAUUGUGGACAUCAUGUUCAACGAUUUCGGCGGCUCUGCGCAGAAGUUUGGAUUUGAAGUGGGCCCUGUCUGUUUCGUCGGCUAAGACUGUUUACCGAACAAAUGGAGGAAAAAAAAAGCAUAAUAUUUGUUUUCUCAGAAAAUAAAAAAAACAAUUGAAAAACAAUAGGACAACUCUAUUUGUAAAAAAGUAACUUUUGUUUCCAUAAAGCAACACGUAUGAGUAAAAUGAAAUCAAGUUGAGAAUGCAGUGAAAUUCUAGAGGAAUACGAAAUAACCUUGAAACCUCAGUGUGCCUUCUCCAUCACAUGCAAGUUUUGAAACUGGAUGUCAGGUCCUGCCUCCACACACACACACACACACACACACACACACACACACACACACACACACACACACACACACACACACACACACACACACACACACACACAACCCUAGCCCCAUGUCAUCACACUUGAUUUAGACUUUAAACAACGAAGGCGACCCUGAGAGCUGCAGCCGUUCCAGACGGCCGCAGUACCUGCCACGGACUCCAUUUGAUUUGGCUCUUUUCUUUUUCUCAAGUUCUGAUCUCAUGUUUUCCCUCAUCUCCCCGGCUUUUUUCCACUUGUCCUUUGUUGGUUUGUUUGCUCAUUAGCUUACGGGAGCUUUGUUUGUGCAUAAUUUCUCUCCCCAUUCCCUUGGAAUGGACCUUAUAUAUAUAUAUAUAUAUAUAAAUAUAUAUAAAUAAUUUUUAUGUUUGUAAGUACAUUCUGUAUAUUUUUUUUCCUGGUAAUGUUUAUUGCUUCUGGCUUCAAAACGUGCAUGUGACUUUAUUCAUUGUGAAGUAGGAGACGAUGGAUAACAUCUAAAUUGUAGAAAUAUAUUGAAAGUGAGGAAAUUUGACUUGUAAAUUGAAAAACAAAAACAAACGGAAAAGAAAAAGCAACCUUAUUUGGAAGUCCUGUCUUGUUGCAGUUGUGGAAGCACACCUUGUUGUAAUUUAAGAGCAGAAUGGAAAUAAAAGCAGAAAACAAGCUCUGUGAUAUUAUGUGACAGUUUGAUUUGCGUAACGAACAAAAACAAAAAGAAAGAAUAUAUUCCUCCUUUUGUGCCGUCUGAACAGAACACAUGCCUCGGUGGUGAUAUCAUUAACUUAAUAAACAGCCUCCAUUAUUUUCCUGAAACACAUCUAUCCGACUAUGCAACGGGAGAUGAUGUCACAUUUUCAUGAAAACAAAGAAAUCAAGACCUAGGUGCUAUUUUCUCUCUUCUGUGGUGCUAUGUAUUUUUCUUUUUUGAGUUUGAAUGAAAGGAAAUCUGUGGUUAUAAUAUUCCAUCCGCCAGCAGCCCCCUUGACUCUCUUAACCCCUACAUCCGACGCAGGUGGAUCUUUGCUGCAUCCAUUUCAUUUGUUUUUUUAUUGGUUUUUCAUGUUCAUCUGCAGUGUUUGCAUGCCAUAUCUCUACGUCUCCACUCACAGAUCAGUGCAGCAUGAUAUCUCCCGCUUCAGCGGACUCCGCACAGAUAAGACACUUGUACCAAAUGUUGGAAUAACCAAGAGGAAACUAAGAUGUCGCUGUUGGCUAUGCAUAUCGCUGCUCUAAGAUGCUGCAUUAUGGCUCUUGCUGUUGGAUCAUCUGUGCCACAUCGAACCGAUAGAGUUGACGAGUGGACAUGUUGUGAUCGGGCCAAAGCGUAAAGGGAUAUUGUCCAAAGUUUUGUUUGGUGAAUGAAACCCUAAAGUCUCCCACCAAAAGGUUUUCAGGUAUAUAUUUAGCUUUAAGGGCCAUGGUGGCUUGAAAUCUUUUUUUUUUUGUAAUGGAAACAACUUGAUAUUUUUUGAAAUAUAGUAGAAGCAGGUCACUAAAUUAGCCAGAUUAAAGCGCAAACAGAAAUGCUUGUUGGUCUACUAUUUUUGCCCUUAUUGUAAUUAUGCUCUUUGUUCAAACUAUGCACUCUUUGCUUAUGACCACUAGUAUCUACCACAGAACUUUUACAGCCCUUCAAACAUAGGUUUGUUUUGUUUCCUUUUUUAAAAUCUUCAACUAUGUGACUUGAACCAUUUCUGUUAAGAUAACUCUAUGCUUGUAGAUCUUUGGCUUUAUUUUUUCAUUGGGAUGCAGUACACCCAAAUUUAAAAAAAAAAACUUUCCUCUCAAUAAAAAGGAGAAACAAAUUUUUUGUAAAUUUCCAGAACCAGCAGUGAUUGUUUUGUUUCCUUUCAGUUUGUAGAUUUCCAUUUGUCUGUCUGUCUGUUUGUUUUCACAGUCUUGUCAAACCUGUGUAAGGAUAAGAGGAUAGAAGUUAUAUUGGUUUUUAUGUCAAUAAAUUCAAGUUUACUGUGGCCAUCCACUCUUGUAUGUCCUUUGAAGCAUUAAAACCUAUCUGUAUGCAUGAAAUUGUAAAGUUCUUUCUCUUGUUA